AUGGUGGUCUCUUCAUGCUUAAACAAUUUUGCAAUGCAGUAUGGUGCUGAAUACAGAGGUCAAGAUGAUGAAGAUGGGUUGAUGAUGGCUUCUAAUCUGCAGCAGCAACCUGAAGAAAAUUGUGAUGACCAAGUGGGUUCCGAUGUUCGUUGUGAAUAUCGUGUUGUGCAUAGGUCAAAUUUUCAUGGACAAUUAUUUGCCGGAGUUUUUAGGUCUGCGUUUUCUAUGAGUAAUAUGAACGUGGCAGAAUGUCGAACAUAUUUUAGCUCUGACUCAAUAAGCACUCAUGAUUCAAUCGCCGCUCAUCACACCCCGAAGUUCUUAAACGGGUUGAAGUGCUCCGGUGUGCCUAACCAUUCGUUGGCUUUAAAAAUUGGGUCUCCAGUUAUGUUACUUCGAAAUAUAGAUCAUUCCACUGGUUUGUGCAAUGGCACGAGGUUAAUGAUUUAUAAACUAGGAGACCACGUUGUCGAAGCAAAAAUUCUAUUCGGAAGUAAUGCAGGAACAAAGGUGUUGAUUCCAAGAUUGUCAUUGACUCCAUCAGAUCCAAAGUUACCGUUUAAAUUUCAGCGGAGGCAAUUUCCCUUAAUGUUGUCGUAUGCUAACAAGAGCAAAGGUCAAACAAUGUCUACAGUUGGGCUAUUACUGAAAAAAUCUAUUUUUGUUCAUGGACAACUUUACGUGACUUUGUCCAGAGUUAGCAAUCCAAAUGGCCAAGUUACGUAUUUGCAAUGA